AUGACGCCAGGAUUGCUGGUUUUAGGCGCAAAAAAUGUGGAUAAACUUAAGAAGUUUCUAACCGAAGCCGCCACUGUCACCAAAAAGUUGUACAUAAGGUGAAAAAUGCUCUUUUUUCCUGGAAAACCCAAUUUUUCUAUAGGUUCAACCCGUCUGUUCCAAAAACCGAUGAUAUUAUCUCAAAAAUCUAUCUUCAAUCGUCAGUCGUUUGUCCCAAGGUUGAUGUACGGAUAUUGAUUAGAAAUGAGAAUCCACAAGGUUUUUUUUGUGACUUUUUUGUUGAGAAUUUCAAGAAUUUCAAGAAAUCUUCUGGUUUUUCAGAUUAUCGAUUGAUUGGCGACGAAAAACCGCAAGAAAUGUCGGGUGAAUCAUCGAAAAAAUUCAAAAAAGUCGUUUUGGGCGGCACAUUUGAUCGACUUCACAACGGUCACAAAGUUCUGCUAACUAAAGCCGCGCAAAUUUCGACAGAGCAAGUUGUGAUUGGAGUUACCGAGAAAAAUAUGAUUGAAAGUGAGUUUGUGCUUAUCAUAAGAAUUCUAGAACAACCUUUUUUUAUUAAGAAAAAUCACUGUUUGAAUUAAUCGAGCCGGUCUCGUAUAGAAUGGAAAAAGUGCGCGAAUUUGUCGAAGACAUUGGCGAAAAAGGCCUAAAAUGUCUCACCGAACCGAUCAUCGAUCCUUUCGGUCCAUCAACUCGAAUCGCUGAUUUGGAAGCGAUUAUUGUGUCGCGCGAAACAAUUCGCGGAGCCGACGCGGUAAAUCGAAAACGCAUCGAAAACGGGAUGAGUGAACUGGAAGUUGUUGUGAUUGAACUCGUAGAAAUGUCGAAAAUUGAUGAGAUUUUGAAUGAGACCAAGAUUAGCUCAAGUUGCAGAAGAAGAGCGGAUUUGGGAGAGCUUUUAAGGCCUGUUAGGGAUAUUCCUAGAAAUCCUGCGAAUUCUCCCUAUGUGAUUGGAUUAUGCGGAGGAAUUGCGAGUGGAAAAAGUCAUAUUGGAAAAUAUUUGGUUGAGAAACAUGGCUUUGAGGUAUUAUCGAAAAUCUCAUCGCUCCACCGAAAUAAACACGCGACGCAGACCGCGCCGCGCCACAACACACAAAUAAGGGAACGAUUCGAAUUCCCUCCCUUUUUGUGUGUGUUGUGACGCGACGCGGUCUGCGUUGCGUGUUUAUUUCGGUGGAGCGCGAUAUCAAGAUUUCCUAAAUUAAAUUUUCCAUUUUCUAGGUAAUCGAUUGCGAUAAACUCGCCCACACUUGCUACGAACCCGGAACUCCUCUCAUUUCAAAAAUCGCCGAAACUUUUGGCGCGGAAAUUGUCGAAAAUGGCCAAGUUAAUCGAAAAAAGCUGGGUGCAAUUGUGUUUUCGGAUGCCGCCAAAUUACGAGAAUUGAGCGAAUUGGUUUGGCCGGUUGUGAGAGAAAAAGCUGAGGAACUUGUGAAGAAAUCGAAGGCGAAAGUUGUUGGUGAGGAAACAUGGCCUAGGUGGCCUAGAAAACCAAAAAAAAUCAUUUUGCAGUCAUCGAAGCGGCGGCGCUCGUCGAAGCUGGUUGGCACAAAAAUCUGGCCGAAGUGUGGACAGUCUUCGUCCCUCAAGAGGAGACAAUUCAACGAGUCAUGAAUCGCGACAAAAUCAGCGAAGAACAAGCUCGCGCGAGAAUGUCCGCGCAAAUUUCGAAUAAAGAGCGAAUCGAUGCGAGUCAAAUUGUGUUUUGCUCAAUUUGGAGCUACGAGACAACGCGAGAACAAGUCGAUCGAGCUGUGAAAGCGCUUUUGAAAAGAAUUUAA